CUUUUUAUACAAACCCCUUUUCCUCUGUUGUUGCUCCCUCUUUCUUCUGCAACUAAAACCCCAUCUUGACCAUUCCUUUCCCCAUUUGGGUAGAGGGUUUCUAAAAGCCAUGUCAGGUCUCUACAAUCCGAACUUCUCCCCAGCAAGAGCCGUUUCUCCUCAGAUUAGAAACACCCAAGAUGUUGAUAGUAAUCAGUACUUGUCGGAGCUGUUGGGAGAGCAUCAGAAGAUUGUUCCUUUUAUGCAGGUCCUUCCGAAUUGUAGCAGGCUGUUGAAUCAAGAGAUCUUACGGGUAUCGGGGAUGAUGCCCAACCAAGGAUAUGGAGAACUUGACAGAUUGCGUCAUAGAAGCCCCAGUCCUAUGGCCUCUUCGAACCUAAUGUCAAAUGUUGCAGGGACAGGAUUGAGUGGUUGGAAUGGUCUUCCUCAGGAGAGACUAAGCAGACCACCAGGGAUGACAAUGGAUUGGCAGGGGGCACCUGCAAGUCCUAGUUCAUAUACAGUGAAGAGGAUUUUGCGGUUGGAAAUUCCAGUGGAUACUUUUCCGAAUUUCAAUUUUGUUGGACGGCUUCUGGGGCCCAGAGGCAAUUCACUGAAAAGAUUGGAACUAACUACUGGAUGCCGUGUGUACAUUAGGGGAAAAGGAUCAAUAAAGGACCCAGACAAGGAAGAUAAGCUACGAGGAAGACCAGGCUAUGAACACCUGAAUGAGCCACUUCAUAUCUUGAUUGAGGCUGAUUUGCCUGCCAAUAUUGUUGAGAUGCGGCUAAGACAGGCACAAGAGAUUAUUGAAGAACUGCUCAAACCCGUGGACGAGUCACAGGAUUAUAUCAAGAGGCAGCAGUUGCGGGAGCUAGCCUUGCUAAAUUCCAAUUUGAGAGAAGAAAGUCCUGGGCCGAGUGGUAGUGUGUCGCCUUUCAAUACCAGUGGAAUGAAACGUGCAAAAACAGGACGGUGAGCCUCGUAUCUGACAUUGUCAUGCUAAAUUCCAAUUUCAGAGAAACAAUCCUGGGGCUGGGGGUAAUGUCUCACUUUCAGUACUGGUGGAAUCAAAUGCACAAAACAGGAGGGUUGAGACUUUGUAUCUAUUGCUUCUUGUAGAGUCAUCAUGGGUGAGUAUAGCCUCAAAUAUAGACCAAUUCUGCAUAGCUACCAAACUGAAAAAGCCCCCCCUAACAGUCUGUAAGUCGCGAGUUCUGGUUGUUUUGUUUUUAAUCUUUCUUAUUUUGCUUUCAUUUUCGAAAAAAAAUUCAAAAGAGUAAACAAGUGAAAAAAGGGGAAAAAAAAAAAUUUAUGUUCUAUAACAGUGGGGUGUUGAAUUUAGGGUUGGUGGUGCCAGUUGUUGUAUACUUGAUCCAUUGAAUUUAUUCUUGUGUUAGUAAGUUUUGUCUAUUGUGGAGUCUAGUGUGUACCAUAAGGUUCAGUAGCAUGAUAUGAGACCUUUCCUUAGGCAAAUGGAUUGAAUUUUGUAGGUA